CCAAGCAACCAAACAUAGCUUUUAUUGUGUGGUGAGUGUGUGAGAGAGAGGAAGAAAGAAUGAGAGGAAAACAGGGAAGAAGAAGCAGUGCAGUGGUAGUGGGAGUGGGAGUAGGCACCAUUGUUGUAGUUUUGAGUCUCUUUUUUUCAUGUGUGAGUGUGACUACUGAAGCUGCUACCUAUGUCGUUGGUGGCACCUCUGGCUGGACUUACAACGUCCAGAGCUGGACCAAAGGCAAGAAGUUCAAAGCCGGCGAUGUACUUGUUUUCAAGUACGACCCAAGCCUGCACAACGUGGAAGUAGUGGACUCGAAUGGGUACAAAGGUUGCUCAUCAUCGACUUCGAAUUCUCAGGCAUAUGCCACUGGAAAAGAUCAGUUGAAAUUGUCUAAGGGACCAAACUACUUCAUCUGCAGCAUCCCUGGCCACUGCGAUGGUGGACUCAAGCUUUCAAUCAAUGCUUCCUAAUUAACUCAUCAUAUUCUACUUGUCUUUCUAAUAUAUAUAUAAAUUAUACAUAUAUGGUUGGACUUGGAUUGUAACAUAUAUACAUAUAUAUAUUUGUGUAAGAGAGUAUGGUAUAAUUGGUAUGUGUAACUAAUAAUCUUAUCUCAUGUUUGUGUCCAACUGUGAUUUUAUCACAAUAAAAUAAAAUAAAAUGUAAUGGUGUUAUUUA